UGAUUCAUAAAUAAAAGUUUCCAUUUUUAUGGUACAAACGCAACAGCUUCAAGAAUAUUCCGAAGUGAAUUUCGCAGUUGCGUCUAAAUCAUUUUACAGCUAUAAUAUUAAAACGAAAGUUCGCUACGGUUUAUUUAUUUAUUGAUAAUUAAAAAUGAAGUGCGCUUUCAGCAAAUAUAAAUAAAUAACGGUGUAAAAAUUUAUGACUUGUUUAUAAUAUACUGGUAUACUCUUAAGGAAUAUGGCUUAAUAAAAGUUUUAUGUGAGUCAGUAAUUAAGUUAAUGUAUUAAAAUGUUGCGUUUCUUGUUUUUUAUUUGUGUUUUGCUACAAACGACGAGUUCACAAGUUAUAGAUAAGGAAACACAAACAGUUUUCUUUCAAAUUGCUGGUUUGUUUGAAAAUGGUUCAGUCACCCAAAGACUCGCUUUCAAAGAGAGCAUGCAUGAUGCCAAAUUGGGAAUAGGAUUGCAUUCUAAUAAUCGAAGCGAAGCUUUAACAGAUUGGCGGCUUGAACCAGUCGUUUUACCACUAGAAAGAACAGAUAGUUACUCUGUAUGGAAAAACUUAUGUUCCAACAAAGCAAUGCGUCCGAUAGCUAUAUUUGGUCCGCAAAAUCCCAUAUCAGACGGGACCGUUCGCGAUCAAUGUAAAAUUGCCAAUAUACCGCACAUUCAAGCCACAUGGAAACCUAUAGAUACCGACACAGAAGAAGAAGAAUUUGCAGAAGUUAGUGAGAAACCGCCUUUUAAAAAGAUAUCUAUUAACUUUUACCCUAGAGCCGAAGAAAUAUUGCAAGCAUAUGCAGCCUUGCUAAAAUACUACAAAUGGGAAAACUUUGCAGUUCUUUACGAAGAUGACUUUGGCCUGUCACGAAUUCAGAAGAUUUUGGCUGAGUUCACGGACCAUUUUCCGGUAACAUUUAGAAGAUUGGAUCCUACCCAGGAUAACGUUAAAGUAUUCAAAGACCUUGGUGCAUAUAAAGAUAGCCGCAUGAUUAUGGAUUGCCAUGAAGAUCGUAUUCUCAAGUAUUUAGAAGAAGCUCGUUCUGUAAACAUGUGUAAUGAAUACCAACAUUACAUUUUAACCAACAUGGACACUUCAAAAGUUGCUGAUAAGUUAACGUCAUUCCGUUCAAAUAUUACCUGGUUAAGUAUGGCGGAAUACGACAAAUUGCAAGAUUCUAAACAUUUCUUAGUUCCUAGAGUUGGAAAGUGGACAAGCGAUAUCCCUACAUCUUUAUCUCCUCCUGUAACUACUUUUAAGCUGGAAGCACUUAUUAUGAAUGACGUGGCAAACCAUGUUCUCAAAGCUGUAAAGGAUCUCAUAUCAGAUGAUGUAAUGAAGAAUCCAUAUAAUUCUUUGUGUGAAUCUGAUGCCGAACCUUGGCCUUAUGGUGCUUUACUUCAGGAAAAAAUAAUACAAACAAAAACCACUGGUGUAACAGGCCCGAUUGAAUUUAACGAAACAGGUGAUAGAGUAAAUUACACAUUAUACGUCCAUGAAAUUUGUGAAUCUGAGUUAGACACGAUUGGCACAUGGGAUUCUUCAGCCAGUGUUCUUGUUGAAGACAGACCUUUACUCAAAACAACAGGAAAUCAAAAAAACAGUAAACACUUUAUUGUAAUAUCCAGAAAAGCAAAACCUUAUUUCUACGAUAAAGUAAAAUGUCCUGAGGAUAAUAAAACAUGCGUCGAGGAAACCACAGACGAAAACUUCGAAGGUUUUUCUGUAGACCUCGUUGAUAAAAUAUUCAGUACUCUACGAAAAUACAAUUUUAAUUAUACGUAUUCAUUUAUCGACAAAGGGUAUAAAGAUUACGGUACUUAUGAUUCAAAAACGAAAAAGUGGGACGGAAUGAUUGGAGAUCUAUUGGACAAAAGAGCAGAUUUAGCAGUAUGCGAUUUAACUAUAACAGAGAAAAGGAAAAAAGUAGUCGACUUUUCCGUCCCGUUCAUGACACUUGGAAUCAGUAUCCUUUACUUGAAAGAAAAAAAAGUACCACCAGGAAUGUUUUCUUUUCUUAAACCAUACACUUUUGACGUUUGGAUGUACACUGCAACAGCCUAUUGCGUCGUAUCAAUCAUUCUAUUUGUCUGUUCAAGGAUAUCACCCGCUGAUUGGGAAAAUCCCCAACCAUGUGAUAAAGACCCUGAGGAAUUGGAAAAUAUUUGGAACUUUAAAAAUUGCACAUGGCUAACGAUGGGAUCUAUUAUGACUCAAGGAUGUGACAUUUUACCCAAGGCAAUAGGUUCUCGGUGGGUUUGUGCCAUGUGGUGGUUUUUUGCGGUGAUUGUUUGCCAAACGUACAUAGCUCAGUUGUCAGCUUCUAUGACUUCAGCUAUGGAAAAUGAACCCAUCAAUAAUGUUGAAGACCUUGCGAAACAAACAAAAGUUUUAUACGGUGCUAUAAAAACAGGCUCGACUUUAGAUUUCUUUAAGUUUUCUAAGGACAAAAUGUACAAGCAAAUGUAUGAAAAUAUGAUGGCAAAUCCUGCAGUCUUGGUUAAAACUAACGAUGAAGGUGAAAAAAGAGUUCUUAGUGGAAAAAGCAAAUACGCAUUUUUGAUGGAAUCUACUACGAUAGAAUAUAAAUUAAAAAGAAACUGUGACCUUAAGAAAGUUGGCGAAGAAUUAGAUACCAAGGACUAUGGAAUCGCUAUGCCGGCAAAUUCUCCAUUUAGAACUCAUAUUAAUAGAGCCAUAUUAGAGUUAAAGGAAUUGACAGUUAUCGAAGAAAUAAAAAAGAAAUGGUGGGAGGAAAAAAAUGAUGCAAAAAAGUGUGACGACGAAAAAGAUGAAAACGAUGCAGAAGGUGAUUUAGAAAUGGAAAAUUUAAUGGGAGCCUUUAUCGUACUUGUAGUUGGCCUUGUGUUUAGUUUGUUUAUUACCGCUGCGGAAUUCAUGAACGAAGUACGGAAUAUAGUUAUACGGGAAAAGGUACCGCAUAAAGAAGUAUUUAUGAAGGAACUUAAGGCUUCAUUGAACUUCUUCCAAAUGCAGAAGCCUGUUUUGCGUAAUCCGAGCCGAGCGCAAUCUGUAACGUCACAAGCCGACAUCGACGAAAAAGAUGCAAAACGACUGACCGCCGUCGAUAAUUUCAUUACUUUUGAAAAAACUGAACAUUAAUUUAUAUUUUAUUUCAAGUUAAUUGAUUCAAAAAUAAUUAUAUUAGUUGGUUGAUUAUAUAAAUGAAAAGUGUUAAGUAACUCUCAGUAGAUCAGAAAGGUUUGAAGCUAAACCUAACAUUUACGCACCUAUAAUUAAACUGAGUUAGUUACCUAGUUAUUUCACUAACAUUUAACAAUAUUGAAUCAACUGUGAAGUAUAUUAAUAAAAAGUAUUGUUUUGUAAAACGCUAUCAUUAAUUAGGUACAAGUUGGGAAUAGGAAUUUUGGUACUAAUUACAUUAAAUUUAAUAAAAAGUUUAACCGUUUGUAUUUACUUGCCUUAUUAGGAUAUAAAAUAUUUUUAAAAAGUUUCCAUAAAAUUAAAAAAUAAUCUAA